AUGAAGAACCUGGGCUUGCUCGCUCUGGCAGUGCCUUCAUUGGCCCUCAACAUCCCUACUCAACAGCUUCUCUCCAGCGACUUGCUCACCAGCUUCUCCAACCCAUUGAAGCCUUCUGCGCGAGAGAUUUGUCCUCAGCCUCCCAAAGCGAGCACACCUGACGAUGGAUUCCACUCGUCGGAAACCUUCCUCUCCGACGCCGCUUUCCGGGCCCGCCAAGCAAACCGUCUCUCGCGCGCUGUGCAGGUUCCAACCACAGUCGGCGACUUUGCGAAGGACCCGUAUGAUAAGGCUUUCGAGCCUGUCGUCAAGUUCCAAAAGCUUCUGACGGAGCUUUUUCCACUAGUGCAUAAGCAUGCUAAGGUCGAGCACAUCAACCGCCUCGGCUUGGUAUUUACCUUUGAGGGUGUUGAUACUACUCGGAAGCCGCUGCUCUUCAUGGCCCAUCAGGACGUAGUCCCCAUCGAUGACCCUUCAGACUGGACACACCCUCCCUUCGCAGGUGUCUUUGACGGCGAGUGGAUCUGGGGCCGCGGCUCAAGUGACUGCAAGAAUGUCCUCAUUGGAUUGAUGUCAGUGGUCGAAGACCUUCUCUCCCAAGACUGGAAGCCGCAGCGCACAGUCCUCUUCGCUUUCGGGUUCGAUGAGGAAUCGCACGGUUUCCUCGGUGCGGGCUCCAUCUCAGCUGCCCUUGAGGAGAAAUACGGUAAAGAUUCCUUUGAGUUCAUCCUCGAUGAAGGUGGGAUGGGUCUACAGAGCCUGGGCGAUGAAUCUGAUUCCGGCAACGAGGUACUAUACGCUCUCCCCGCCGUCGGCGAAAAGGGAAGUCUCGACUUGAUCAUCGACAUCGCCGUCCCCGGAGGCCACAGCUCCAUUCCCCCCGCACACACCGGUAUCGGAAUCAUGGGAGAGAUCCUGUACCAGCUCGAGCGCAAGGAGCUCUUCCCCGCCUGGCUGGAUACCAACCAUCCAGCACACGGUAUGCUGGAGUGUCAGGCACGAUACUCCCCCGAUCAUGUCGAAGCUUGGCUAUCCGAUAAACUGGCAGCGGAUGAUCCUGCCGCGCUGGGCGAAGCAGUCGCCAGUUCCCGUGGUCCUGCAGUCCGUUACACCAUGCAGACCUCGCAGGCCGCAGACUUGAUCCACGGCGGUGUCAAGACAAACGCGCUGCCGGAGAAGAUUUCGGCUGUCGUGAACUACCGCGUGGCAUUGCACCAGACGCCUGACGAGCUGCGCGAGCGCGCUUUGCGAAUCAUCAGUCCCAUCGCUGAAGAGCACAAUCUCACUUUGCGCGUUGCGUUCCCUGAUGUGGAAGAGAUUGCUGGAGAUGUCAGCGACCGCACCCUCACCCUGUACCCUCUGAGCAAGCCCCUGGCCCCAGCGCCUAUCUCGCCCACGAACCCGCUCACCUCGAAGGUGUGGGCGCAUUUCGCUGGUGUGGCGCGCAGUGUAUUCGAGUCUCACUCGAAUCCUCUCUCGAAGUCUGAUUCCAAGCCGACUGUGGUUGUCACUGGUGAUGUCAUGACUGGUAACACGGACACUCGGUUCUACUGGUCUCUUUCUGAGAACAUUUAUCGUUGGAGUCCGUCGCGUGCUGGUGGGUCUGAGAACAUUCAUACCGUGGAUGAACGGAUUCGAUUGGAUGUUCAUUUGGAGGGCAUGAUGCUUUACUAUGAUCUGAUUCGAUCCUUCGAUGGUUGGGAUGGAAAGUCUGAGUAG